CUUGAACAGCACGCAAGAAUGGAGGCGGAAAGAGCUGGAGCGUGUCUCCCCCUCCCCUACCAGGCGACCAAAUCCAUGUGCGUGCUGCUCCUCGCUGCUGCUUCCAUGCUGAGCAGCAGCCAUACCACCACCGCCGCCGCACAUGGUGCUGCUUCUGCUACUGCCUCUCCUCCACCAGCGGCGUUGCUGAUCGCCACGGCCGACGACCAGCAGGCUCUGCUCGCCUUCAAGGACCUCGUCACCGGCGACCCUCACGGGGUGCUGACCUCAUGGACCGCCGCUGGCAACACGACCGCCGGCGUCUGCAGCUGGAGAGGCGUGGGGUGCCGCUCCCGCCGGCGGCGCCCUGGCCGCGUCACCUCGCUGGAGCUGGCGUCCGCCAACCUGACCUUCACCGUCUCGCCUUUCCUCGCCAACCUGACGUUCCUCGGCACGCUCAACCUCUCGCACAACUUCCUGUCGGGCAACAUCCCCCGGGAGCUCGGCUUCUUGCCCCGCCUCUCGUACCUGGACCUCCGGCACAACUCCCUGCAGGGCGUGGUUCCAGGAUCCCUCGCCGGCGCCUCCAGGCUCCUGGUCCUGCAGCUGGAGUACAACAGCCUCGUGGGCGAGAUCCCAGCCAACCUGAGCCACCUGCAGAGGCUGGAGGUCCUGGACGUCGGCUCCAACCAGCUCUCCGGUGCGAUCCCGCAGUCGCUCGGCUCGCUCUCGAGGCUCACGUACCUGGGGCUGUACCUGAACAAUCUCUCAGGAAGUGUUCCGGCGUCUCUCGAGUACGGAAUGGACGGCGAUGUCUCCAUCCAAGGCGACCUGUACAGCUAUGGCGUCCUCCUGCUCGAGAUGUUCACGGGGAAGCGGCCGACGGAUGCCUCGUUCCAGGGAGGCCGGACUCUGCAGAGCUACGUCGCGUCCUGCUACCCGGACAAGGUACUGGAGGUAGCCGACCCUGGCCUACGGCAUCAGCUGGGCAACGGGUGUUUGAGCGGAGGGGACGUUUGUUGCGACGAGAUCGACGCCGAAAAGCUGCGCAGGUGCAUGGCGUCGGUAUUUCGAGUCGGCUUGCAAUGCUCCCAGGAACCACCCAGAGCGAGAAUGCAUGUCGGGACUGCCAUCAAAGAACUCGAGGCGGUCAAGGAUGCCCUGCUAAACGACUGAGUCUGGAUAGAAUCUCUCGGCAACAGAAACACAAUAAAACCUGACAGAAAAAAAUUGACGGUUAGUGAAUAAGUUUUAGGGACAACAUCUUCAUUUCUUCUAAAGCGGUAGCAAACAUAUUGUUUUCAGAUUAUCUGCUUUGACUUCGGCAACGUGCUUCGUCUGAGCGCUUGAACUGAAUCUUCUUCCACUUUCCUAUUUACCUGUAUUGAUACAUAUAAAUUAGUUGCUCCUGAAAUAGAUUGUGAAAUGGCUAAUACCAGUUAGUUUUGAGGACCUUCGAUAAAGACAUUCCUUCAAC